UGGGAAGUGAAAACGUAAACACGUAGAAUAUUCAUCAGCUUUUCUUCCCAUUUUCCAUCGCAUUUCGCACGCAGGAAGUACCAGAAAGUUUUGUGAAAAGCAUAGCCAUUCUAUUCAAUUGUUAAAUCAAGUUACUUCAUAAAAUUGUACACGUGGUGCCGUUAGCACGGGCCGGAGACCAGCAACAGUUCCUUGGCCAGUCAGGAAUCGAUAAACAAGGAGUUGUGUUUAAAGUAUUUGGAUAGCAGUAACUGGUUCUUUCGAAACGGUCAACCCUUCCUUGAAGCAAUGGUGGAACCAACAUGGAUAGAAAUUAACGAAAUAAAAGGUUUUAUAACGUUUCUAGCGAGUAUCGAUUGGUACGAUCCGUGGUUGAUAGGAUUAAUAGCAUUUCACGUAUGCAUCACUUCGACCGCACUACUCACCAGGAAUUAUGGAAACUUCCAGGUGUUCCUAUUUUUCGUCCUCUUGCUAUUGGUGUACUUUUCCGAAAGCAUUAACGAGUACGCGGCAAUCAAUUGGAGGAUUUUUUCCAAACAACAGUACUUCGACGAUAAGGGUUUAUUCAUAUCGGUUGUGUUUUCCGUGCCAAUACUUCUAAACUGCAUGCUCAUGGUGGGGAGUUGGCUGUACCAGUCAACACAGAUCAUGUCCAAGUUAAAAACUGCCCAGCUUAAGCAACAGAUCCGACAAUCCAACAGCAGGCAACGAUUAAAGGACGAAAAGGAGGAGUGAAAAAUGGCAACAGGUGUACCUUUUCGUUUUUCUUACUAACCCCCGUCCAAAUACGGUGCAGGGUGCGGGACCGAGUUGGUCGCUACAUAAGGUUAGGUUGUAUAGCUGAUGUAAAGGAAAAUCACGUUUAAUCUGUAAGACAUGUAGAUUUUGUGUGCAUUAUGAGCAUAUGUUUGUUUUUAGCGUUAUAAUGGAGCAAAGCUCUUACAACUAUCAGUUACAACUACCGGAAUUUGAAUAGCCACAAACACACAGACCAACACAAUCUUGCUAAUAUAGUGUAAUGGUGUAUUUUUAUCGCAGAACUUGUUUAGUUUCGGUUUUCUGUAAUGAUUACUCAACAAAGCGUUGUAAGCGGUAAAUAUGACUCACACAGGUGAAGGCGACAAAAUCAUCAUUAAAUCAGAUAAGUCAACCAAAUCAGGCGACGUACAUGUCUGAAACCGAAAAAAACAACACAACGCAAUCAACGCGUGUAAUUUGGUAAAAACACAACCUUUUCGGAUAUUACUGCCAAUUAGUGAGCAGCGAUAUUUUCCUAGUCAAUUUAGGUGCAAACGGUAGGGAACACUCUUGGAGACAGAAUUGUAGCAUUGCAAUAUUGUUCCUCUUAGGCAAAGCUAUAUGGCCUGUUUGACAUUCACUGAAGGUUUUGUUCGGUGAAACAUUCAAAUUUAAUAUUCCAGACAAUAAUAUGCGUCGCAUCAGGCACUACAAUGCAACAUAACUUGGCCUUUUUUCAAACUGUUUUUUUUUUUGCUAAAUGACACGAUCAAUGCAAGAUCAUCACUAAUCGUUAAUUUUAUCACUUUUGUUUGUUUUUGUGUCGGGGUUUGUUUCCUUGCUGUGUUCAAAUGUUUGCGUAAUUUCGGUUACAGUUUCCACAGUGUGUAGAUACAGGAGUGUGUAAAUGGAUGGAAGUCGGUAAUAACAGAAUAUGCACGAUGGAGAUAAUUAUGAAUUGCUAAAUAA